AUGUCAAAUUCAGUGAGUAGUGUUUCGAUUGAUGAGGUGAAAGUUCGCAGUUUGGUAUGGGUGCGGCAGGAACCUGUCUGCAGCCAAGCUGCGAAAAAGCAGCCUGCGAAUUUGAUAACCUUCGCCGUCUUCACAAUCCUUUCACUUCGUCCUUUCUUCCUUCCUUUCCACCAUCACAUCGAACGCGCAGAUACACUGCACAGUCUCGAUUUGAUGUUUCCCAAUAACAACAACCCCUUCUUCUUCCAGGGCUUCGGCUCAAAUAACGGUCAAUGGCACAAUAAUGCCUUGAAUCCGAAUGCAGGUGCAUACGUACCAAAUCCAGCCGGGCAAGGGCAAAACCAACAACCAUGGGGUCAAUUUAAUCCUCCAAACGGGCCCUUGGGUCAACAAGGCAUGGCUCAACCAGGCAUGGCCUGGAACGGUCAAACAGGCUGGAACAGCCAAGUUGGCACAGCAAUGGGUCAACCAAUGGGUCAACCCAUGGUGCCAAACAAUGGUAUGUCAAUGUUACCUACCCAACUACCACAGGGAGAUCCCCAAGUCCUGCAGCUACAGCAGGAAAGAUUAAGUCUACAGGGCCAAAUGCAACAUCUCCAAACGCAGCAGCAACUCUCAAGUAUGCAGGAACAAAUGGACCAAAUCCAGCACACAAUUCAAGGCAUACGCCGUCCUGCGAAUAGUCGAGGCCGGGGUCGUGGCCGAGGCGGCGGUUCCAGAAACCCUCGCAAUGCCGGACGUGGCAACCUCAAUAACAAUAUCAACUCUGGGCAAGACAAUACCAACCAUGCAAGAAACAACCCGCGCAACAGUCGUCGGGGAAGAAGUGCUCUCGCCGUGCAAAAUCCGGGCCGUGUUGGCAGGCAUCAAGACAAUGCAGACCGUCAGCAACAGCUUCAGCGGUUACAAGAACGUGUCCAGGUAUUCGAACAGCAACAUGGAAGAAUGCCAGAUAACAACGUCCUGCCACCACAAGUCAACGCAGCUCCAGUCAACAAUGUCACACAACAAGACGUUGCUGGAGGUACGCAAGCUGCAUAUGGUGCAGGGUUCACACAAGGGCAUCAAGCUGGACUCCAACAAGGCGUCAAUGCUACAGCCAGAGGGUUGAUGACACAGGCUAUGGCCGGACCAAUUCAGGACUUGGUAGAAGAGACUGUCCGUCGCGAGCUGAACCAUCUCAGACGCGUGACAGAACUGCCAGAUGAAGAAGGUGACGGUCAUCAACCAACUAGUGGUGCAGAUGCCUAA